CGAGAGUAAUUGGUUAUUAUGAGGAACACUAGAUGUCAGUAAUAUAGCCAUAUGUAAAAGUGAAACUCGCGUUGAGUUUGAAUGUUAAGUUGUUUACAGUAAUUUAUUUGUAAUUAGAUGAUUUUUUUCAAUUUAGCUUUGUAAAUCUAAUAAACUGUUGUCACCUAUUAACAUAUUGUAAUUAAAUUUCAAUGGAAAGUAUAAAAUAUUUAGCUAAAAACCUGUCUUUCAUCAUUCCAAUUGGAUUAACAAUGACUGAUCGUGUUGUUACAAUUGCUCAAGUUGAUGGUGAAUCAAUGCAGCCUUCAUUUAACCCCAAGGAUAAGGUAACAAAUGAUAUUGUCCUAAUUAAUCGUUGGUCUGCCCGUAAUUUUCAUUUCAAACCUGGAGAUAUAGUUGAGAUAAAGUCACCUAAAAAGCCCAAACAACGAUUAAUCAAGCGAAUAAUUGCCUUGGAAGGAGAAUGGAUUCAGCCAAGAAAUUUGUAUGAAGAUGACAUUAUUCAAAUACCCAGCGGACAUUGUUGGAUUGAAGGUGAUAAUAGUCAAAGGAGCAAUGAUAGUAAUCAUUUUGGUCCGGUUCCUAUUGGUUUGGCGAAAGGCACUGUUUCCUACAUUAUUUGGCCUCCUUCACGAUGGUCUUCGGUUGACAAUUCAUUGACAGUUGAUAAAAUUAAACGUCGAUCAACUGAUGGUUUAAUCAUUUGAAUUUUGUAGCGUAACAAUUGAGCUUUAUUUUUGGUUAGAAAUAAAUGCUGCCAUCUUCUGAUUACCCAUUAAACGUCUUGUCUCUCUUUUUACUGUCGUCUGAUUUUCUGUCUCUCUAUUUUUUUCUCUCUCUCUUAAUCUCUGUCUAUCUGUUUUUUUCUGCAUGUAUGCUGCUCUUGUGUAUGAAAAUAAUAAACAGACAAUAAU